UCUCUCUCUCGGUCCAACUCCCGCCCCCCUCCUUGGUUAGUUUUCUGCUCCAAUCUGUUUUCUUCGGAUCCCAAAUCUGUCAGGGUUUGCAAUGGAUAGAUUCAACGGUCUAGCAGACGAGAUAAUAUGUCACAUUCUGUCUUUCCUACCCAUAGAAGAGGCUGCUUUAACAUCUGUCCUCUCAAAGCGUUGGCGUAACCUGUUUGCCUUCAGACCAAAUCUUCAGCUAGACGAUCACGGAGUGGUCGAUGCUGCAGGAAUAGACAGUUUCAUCGGUUUUGUGGAUAAUGUAUUGUCUGUGUCAGGCAGUUUCCCAAUGAGGAACAUCUCCAUAACAUGUCGAAACAGCAUCGAUGCCGACACGGGUCCUGUCACCCGCUGGAUGAGUGAAGCGGUGAAACACGGUGUGGCGAAUCUUGAUAUAGACGUAAUCGCUCCUGGUGAUGUGAGCUUGGUGCCUCUCGAGAUCUUCACUUGCAAGACAUUGGUUCACUUAAGACUAACACAAGGGUUUGAGGCAAUGAUCCCUGAGGAUGUAUCUCUUCCAUCGCUCAAGACUCUCUAUCUCGGCCGGGUUUAUUUUUACAACAGCCGUUACUGUGUUUUGGGAAAGCUUCUUUCUGCGUGCCCUGUCCUUGAGGAACUGACCGUUCUUGGUGGGUACUGGCAGGAUCUAAAAUGUCCCCGCAAUGUUUCCUCUUCGACCCUUAAGAAACUCACCAUGAAGUGUACUGACUGUUUUGAAUACUGGGACAUAAAUUUGGAUACUCCCAGUCUUGUCUACUUGGAAUACUCGGACUUACCUCCAAAAAAGUAUCCAACUUUGAAUCUCCCGUCCCUUGUCGAAGCUAAGCUUGAUCUCCAUUCUGGAGGAGGUCAAGGGAAUCCAACAAAUCUUAUCAAGGGGUUAAGAAAUGUUGAGAUCUUGGAGAUUUUAACUAUUCGUGAUACUGGGAUGGCACUAUGUACAUGGCGUGAAGCAGUUCCAGUGUUCAUCAACCUCUCUCGCUUAAUUAUUACAGUUGACUACCCAAGCUACAAUUGGGAGUUUCUGCCGCUACUUUUGAACAAGUCUCCACAUCUACAGACUCUUGUCAUCAAGGGUCCACUGCACGCUGAUAAUGUUGAACGUGAGUAUGGGUUUUCACCUGUGAGAGUACUCAAGAUAACUGAGUAUGGAGGAGAGGUUGGAGAGUUUGAGCAAAUGAAGCUUUUCUUUGAGAAACUGCCAUGUCUUGAGCUUGUCAAAGUUUGUGCUUAUGCAAUAACCGACAAGGAAAAGUCUAGGAUCACCAGUGAUCUACUAAUGCUUCCUAGAUUGUCCAUGUGCAAGGUCCAGAUCAAGUUUUGUGAGGAAGCAAGACCCCAAUUGAAUACUGGGAGCAGGCUAUUAAGUUAAUGAAUGAAGUUAUGUAAACUCUGAUAAGUCGGUUUCUGUGCACAAUUGCUCUGUUUUCUAUUGUGUGGACGUGAAUUAGAAGACAAAUACUCUUAGUAUAUGUCAACAAUGUACUCAUAAUCUUAUUUAAAGUGAAUCGUUAUCUAUGUA